AUGUUUUCCAAUGGCGGCUCCAGCCCCCUCGAGACCGGCGGCGAUGCGCACACGUCGCCCAACACGACGGGGGCCGACAAAUCCCUCACCCCGCUCCAACUCGACGCGCUCAACUGGGAGGUCUUCGAGACCGGCAUCAAUGACACCUACACCUCCACCUUGAACUUUGUGCGAAACACAAAAACCACGGGUUAUGGCAAUCCGCUGCGGAAAAUCCUCAUUGAGGAGAAACUCGACUUACCCAUCAACGAUAACGAAUGCCAAACGGUUUCCGCCACUAGCAAUAAAUCGGACACCACCCGAGCCGGUCUCUCGAUCUCCGGAUUCGAAAACAAGUCCUCGAAGAACCCACUCCCCUCGGCGCAUCGACAGAGCAAUCGAUUAAUGCAAUCCUUUGUAUUACAAACCGAUAGGUCGGAUGCGGCUCCGAUCUCCUCGGGAUAUUUUCAGAUCCCCAACGAAAGCGAGGCAGUUCUUGGCUACGAUGUGGUGCAUGACUCAUCCCUUUACGCGCUCGGUGAUAUCUUGGGACUCGACUCGACGCGUUUGUUGUCGAUGUUCCCAAAUGUUACCAGCAUCUCCAUCCUCAAGCCCAAAACCAAAAAAUCAAGCAAAACCAAGAGCGAUGCCGCUUCUAGUUUGCUGGGUGUUCUCGGCAAGCUCUUUCAAGAAAACUUUAUUAACCUGCAGAACCUUCAAGAAGUGCGUUUACGUCGUCUUGCAGCUUCAUGCAAGAUCUCACCGGCGAACGGGAUUCAAUUAUCCUCCAUCUCCAGCGAUAAAUUUAGAGAAGCCGCAGCAGAAGGAGCCGAUGGAAAUCGGCGUCAGUCUAACCGCUCUAAAUCGCUCUUUCGUGUGAACAGCACUAAUAGGCGGAAAAGCAGCAACCAAAGUGCCUCAGUUCAGUCGAAAUGGAAGUCCACCUCGAAGGAUAUGAACAUCAAUUGCCACGACUUUGGCUGCCCUCCCACGAUGGAGCUGUUGUUCAAUGAAGAAUCCCUUAAUUUAACCUUAAAUGAGAUCUUGCAUACGGAGCAGACGGCGAUCAGCGCGCGAAAGACGGUCACGAAAUCCUCACAGACGGAACUGGUAGAAUCGAAAGCCGUGGAGGUGGCGGAGGAAAAAAUACCUCUGCUGUCUAUACCGCCUUUCCGAUGUCUUUGCGCCGCAUUGAGUUUGACCUGA